AUGCUCUCCAAGUUCAGCGUUUCUUGGUACAGCAGUGGUUCGAUUGCAAGUCCAGGAGGGACAGGACCCAGUUCGUUGUUUUUGUAUCGAGGUGGUUUCCCGAAGUCUAGAAGGCACAGGUUGAGGUUUAAGCUUGUGGGUCAGUCUUCUGGGGACAACAAAUGGAAGCUCAAGGAAAUUGAUACCAAGGCAGUGCAGGAACAGUUGAGCUCAUGGUUUUCGAAGACCCAGAAUUUCAUAGCGGAGGUGGCUUCGCCGCUGGUGAAGUCUGGUUCCAGUGGGAAAAUCACUUCUCGAAAAGCUAAUGAUACUUUAGAGCUGGAGGAAGUAUUUCUGGUUGAGCCAACUAUUCAAAGAAACACACGGAAGGGAGUUCUUUCACUAGCUGCUUUGGUAUCUAUUGAGCAAUUUAGCAGGAUGAAUGGGUCGACCGGAUAUAAAAUGCAGAAGAUUUUUAAAGCACUUGUGGCGGAGCCUGUUUAUAGUGAUGCACGUAACUUGGUGGAGUAUUGCUGCUUUAGGUUCUUGUCAAGGGAUAGCUCUGCCUUCCAUCCAUGCCUCAAGGAAGCAGCAUUUCAGAGGCUAAUCUUCAUCACUAUGCUUGCCUGGGAAAAUCCUUAUUGCAAAGAAAAUUAUUCGCCGGAAGCUUCUUUAAAGGGAAAGCUUGUACGGGAAGAUGCAUUUAUACGUAUUGCUCCAGCUGUUCCUGGUGUAGCUGAUCACUCCACGGCGCAUAACCUUUUCAAAGCCCUAGCUGGUGAUGAAAGAGGCAUCUCCGUUGAAGUCUGGUUAACUUAUAUUGAUGAACUUCUCAAAGUGCAUGACGCACGAAUGUCAUACCAGACUCGUGAGUAUUCACCAGUUUGGAACGAAAGAGUCCUGUGCAUUGGCUCUAGCAAGAAGCAGCCUGUUCUGAAAUGGGAAAAUAAUAUGGCAUGGCCAGGAAAAGUAACUUUAACAGACAAAGCACUAUAUUUUGAGGUUGUUGACCUACUCGGUAAAAAAAGCUCUACAAGGCUUGACCUUACAAGAAAUGGAUUUCAAGUUCAAAAGACAAAAGUUGGACCUUUAGGUGCUUUCGAUUCUGCAGUCUCUGUUGGAUCAAGUUCUGGAUCAGAAAGAUUGGUGUUGGAGUUUGUUGACUUGGGUGGCGAGUUGAGACGAGAUGCUUGGCAUGCAUUCAUCUCUGAAGUUGUUUCCCUGCAUAAGUUCAUAUCCGAGUUUGGACCUGAGUAUGGUGAUCCGUUACUAUCACAAGUAUAUGGUGCCCGAAAAGGGAAAGAAAGGGCUAUCAACAGUGCGAGCAACAGCAUAGCCAGACUUCAGGCUCUUCAGUUCAUGAGGAAAUUGGUGGAUGAUCCUCUCAGACUUGGUCAGUUCUCAUACUUGCGCAGUGCGCCCUUUGGAGAGAUAGUGUGCCAAAGUCUGGCUCUUAACUAUUGGGGUGGGCCCUUAGUUAAAACCUAUACAGAUGAUGAUGACUAUCAACCAACUCCAGGGACAGUGCCACCCACUGAUGGUGUAUCAAAACUCAGUAGUCAUUUGCUUGACGUAGAUGGGAGCAUUUACCUAAGGCAGUGGAUGAUGAGAUCACCAUCUUGGUCUUCCAGUGCUUCCAUUAACUUCUGGAAACGCUCGUCCAAAGGGCUAGGUGUAGUUCUAAGUAAAGAUCUUGUUGUUGCCGAUCGGAACCUAGUAGAGAGGGCAGCUUCAACUUGUAGAGAAAAAUUCAAAGUGGCAGAAAAAACGCAAGAGACGAUAGAUGCUGCAAUGCUUAAAGGGAUUCCAAGUAACAUAGACCUUUUCAAGGAACUGAUACUUCCUCUAUCUAUGACUGCAAAGAAUUUUCAAAAGCUGAGGCGAUGGGAAGAGCCACACCUGACAGUAUCAUUUCUUGCAUUUGCUUAUUCCAUAAUUUUCAGAAAUUUGCUGUCGUAUGUAUUUCCGAUGAUGUUGAUCGCUUUGGCAGCUGGGAUGCUAACACUGAAGGGGCUAAAGAGGCAGGGCCGCUUGGGAAGGUCAUUUGGAAAAAUCGUUAUCCGUGACCAACCCCCUUCCAAUACCGUUGAAAAGAUCAUAGCUGUGAAAGAUGCCAUGCGAGAUGUGGAAAAAUACCUCCAGAAUCUUAAUGUAGUGCUUCUCAAAAUACGAAAUAUCUUUCUUUCAGGUCAACCACAGGUGACUAUGGAGGUCGCAUUGGUGCUAUUAUCGUCAGCUACCGUCCUUCUCAUCGUUCCAUUCAAGUACAUUCUUGCAUUUUUUCUCUUUGAUACCUUCACUCGGGAGCUUGAGUUCCGUAAAGAAAUGGUGAGAAAGUUCACAACCCUAUUGAAGGAGCGUUGGGAGACGGUGCCAGCUGCACCUGUAGUCGUGGUGCCAUUCGAAAGUAAGGAGUCUAGAUCAGCAAAUGAAGGAAAGAAGCCUGAUAGAUAG